AUGUUGGCGUGUAUCCGGAUUCACAGUACCAAGACUGCAGCCGGCUCUCGUCGUCUUACAGCUUUUGCAAGAUCACGGCCGAGUUCAACUGCGCAAGCGACGGCAAGAUCUACAACACGACUUCCGAGUCUCAGUUCUGCGCCUCGUCGAGCAGCUGUCCAAAAUACACGAACGGUUGCACGAAAUAUCACGAUCCGGACUCGGGCUACGCCUUCAAGUCAUGCUGCUGCUCGGGCUAUGGGUGCAACU